AUGGGCCUGGGAACUCCAGGAGUGUUAAACUAUACACCUAGCGAGCGUUCCGGAGAGGGACUUGGGCUAUUGGAGACAUCCAGGUUCACUUCACGAUGUAAGAUUAUCGGCGCUUCAGUUGAGACUUACUCAGCUUCGAAAAGUCAGCUUCCCGAAACUUCCACCAGGCUCUGGGAAGAGCGCCAGACCCAGCAGCGAUGGCUAUUCAAAUCUCAUCCAGAUAUUGCGUUUGGCAAUACGGCAUAUCAGGAUGUCCUGAAAGAAGACAUGGCGGCACUCAACCUCUCAGACGAAACCCCGAACACGAGACCUCUCUUAGCUAUCGGACAUGUCCCGGAUCCAAGUGAUAAAUCAGGCAUCCGAAAGCUCCCUAUUGCGGCUGUUGCCUGUGGAGAGGCGGGCGAGCUAUUGCGACUUGCUCGCAUGGAUGAUGUGCAGUUGCAGUGGGGAGACGAUGCGGAUGCCUUUCUGAACAUUGAGACCAUCGACCCAACUCAGAGAGACGCAGAAGCGAUCUGGACCAAUGACGGGUUGCCCAUUCGGCAGAUCAAAUUUCUCGGGAACCGUCUACAAGACGACACACUCAGGUGGCUGUUGCUCCAGAAAGAAACAGCGACAACAAUCCUCAGACCAGAAAUCCGCCAGGUCCCUACUACGUCAAGUCAGCCCGGGAGCAGUUUGAUUCGGGAGCGACCGUCGCUAAUAAGCCCAAAUCCCUUGCUCACCAUCUCGCAUGACAAAACAGGGGGCAGUCCUCACUCGGACGUCGCUCUUCUUACCACGACACAUGGGCGAUCUCAUCAACUUGCCAUCAUAGAUGAGGGCGGUUAUUGGAGCAUAUGGGAUCUCACAGGAGCUUGGCAGGUCCAGCGGAAGGGCGCUCCUCAAUUCUCACUCAGCAAAUGCGGACAUAUUUCUGAUGGUCUAUUGGACGAGCUACCGUCGAGGCCUUCUUUUCCGAGGGAAAGGCACGGUCUUCUCCUCCUAGAAGGCGUGUGGCAUGGGAAGUUGGAGAGCUCGCCGUCCGCUUCCGCCCGCAAGGCAACAGAUCCUACUGCGCGAUAUCUACUGAUGUGGAACCACGAGAGGAUGGAGGUGCUCAAUCUGGAUACAAACAUAUUCCUUCCGAGGCUGGGGCGCAUUAUGCGGCAGAGGGGAAAGUUGGAUUGGAUUUUGGAUAUUCAUCGCAGCCCAGUCAGACAAAACCACGUUUUCAUCCUCACGCAAUAUCAUAUCACCUGGGUCGAUGUGUUCAACCGCGACGAAUCAGGUCCAGGACCUUUGAAGCCGUCCAUAUUGCUCUCAUGCCCACACUUGGGUACGAAAAAGGACGAUUCGAGAAUGUUCGUUUGUCGAGCGUCAGACGAUGACCCAGACACAUCACUGGUCUUUAUCUACUACCCGCGAAUGGGUCAGCUCUGCAUAUUCUGGUUCACAUAUUCGCCCGUGAGCAGAAUGCCGCAAUGGCAUCGCGACAUCGUUUCACUUCCGGGAAGCGAGGACAGGGAAUUUCCGACAAAGAAUGUAAUUGAGUAUCUAAGAGUUGACCCUGUGCGGCUAGCCGUCUCGGUCAAGGAGAAGGUGUCGAGCCCUGGCAUAGACUACCACCGAAGAGGUGCUCGGUUCUAUCACCUCACCUUUUUGGGCAAAGAUUUUAGCUUGCAGCGCUGUCUAUGCGCCACCACGGACGAUCCGACACUGGAUAUCCAAGAGCCGACAUCCGCUGUUGCGUGGGCUGAAGCUAAGCAACAGAAGCAGAGAGAGAAGAGGAGAAGGGCGAUUAUGAAUCAAGUUUCUAGCUCGUUCAUUCUCCCAGACGAGAUGACGAUGGACGACAUGGAGGCGUUGUUAAACGGCGAAGAAGUGGAGGAUGAAGAAGACUUUGACGGGAAUAUUCCGAGCUCGGCUCUUGCACAGCCGACUCGCAUCAAGCUGGAUCAAAUUUAUCAGACUCUCCAGGGCUCACUUGAAGCAUCAAUAAGCCAAGGAGAAAGCGGCCUUCCUUCUCAGUUGUUUGAGGCUCUUCGACAGUGUCUCAGCGACGGAUUCGACGAAGGGAGGCUGCCGCUGCACACGUGGGGCGAAGUCGCUGAGAUGAUGUUGCGAGACCCAACGUUCGAACCCCCUGAUGAGCCCCUGAAAGACGAAAUGGAGAGGUUGCUCGAUGAGAACAAUGAGAAAACCAUCGUCACACCACUUCAUCAAUACAAUCGCGACGAAAUGCUCCCCUCUCUAGUCAGCCUACAGUAUUUCCAGCGAAACUUUGCCGAACUAUGGAUUGACCCAGUCAAGGGCAUCCUCAGUGAGGACAUGCACCAAGUCCGACGAAUAUGGGUCACGGAACUGGCUCGGGACGUCUUCCUGGCCAGUUAUGGCAUCAUGUACCAGGAUAUAUCAUUACUCGGACCAGCCAGCUCUGAGUUGCCAGAGGAGGACAGGCAGAGAUCGCGGACAGGGCCUCAAUUUGGCAGCUCCCAAAUCGCCACAUCAUCAAGAUCAAGUUCCCGAGACUGGGCGUCUUCACCAGCACAAUCUCCCACUGCUUCAACAACAACUUUCACGGGACCCGACGAGGCAGUCCAGCGACUCCGACUAUUGGCCAAGUCUAUCGAUACCGACAAGCCGAAUGCGUCCAGGAGAUCGAAUGUUCUCGCUUACUGGCCCACGGAACGGGGCGUCGAUCUGAACGAAUACGUGUCAAGCGUGGCCAGAGCAAACGAAGAGCUCUUCAGAGACGCCAAAGAAAGGCUACAAAGGAUCGAGGCCAAGCGAAAGGCCCGCUCCGAAAAGUUUAGACGGCCCGCAUUCAUGAGACAAGGGCUUCCAGAUAUUAAUCCUACGAGUUCCAUGGCGCCGACACGACCUGUGCCCAUGCAGAUCAUGUCAAGCCAGGGAGGUCCGGAGGCGACUCAGACGCAGGUGCCCGUCAUGACGACGAUGAGCCAGCCUGUUUCUGGGCUGUUUGGCGACAGGAAGAAGGUGAAGAAGAAGCAGAAGAGAAAGCUCGGGUUUAGAUGA